AUGGACACGCUGAACGAAUCACUCUGCCUUCAGGACUUCGUCGGCUCCCCGGACCCUACUUCGCUUGGGGGGCCCAUGGGGCCCCUGGGCCACAUGGUCAGCCUGGGGCAUCACCAUCAUCACCACCACCACCACCAGACAUCCCUUACCCAGAGGUCCGCGAUGACCGUCGACCAUGGGGCAGUGGUCACGUGCUCCACAGCACCCCAUUUACCAGACUCGGCGUCUGAUAAGAAAAAAAGAGACGGCGGCGUCUCUCUGGGUCAACAGCACGAGAAGCCCAGCCAAAGUGUCUCCGCGGCGGACAGUCCCGCUGACCCCUCUGCGGACGACGAUCCCAAAAAGAAGAAGAGACAGCGGCGGCAGAGGACGCACUUCACAAGUCAACAGCUCCAAGAGCUCGAAGCCACUUUCGCAAGGAACAGGUAUCCGGACAUGAGUACGAGGGAGGAGAUCGCCAUGUGGACCAACCUCACAGAAGCGAGAGUCAGGGUGUGGUUCAAGAAUCGUCGCGCCAAAUGGCGGAAACGGGAGCGAAAUGCUGCAGCAGAACUAAAGAACGGCUUCAGCACGCAGUUCAACGGCUUGAUGCAACCCUUCGACGACACGCUCUACUCGGGCUACUCCACCUACAACAACUGGGCGGCCAAGGUGCCCAGCCCACUGGGGGCCAAGAGCUUCCCCUGGCCCGGACUCAAUUCCGUCAACGUCAACCCCCUCGUCAGCCCUAGCCAGGGCAUGGGAUGCUUCAACGCAUCAGUGCCCACCAGCGCGAGCAUGGUGCCCAAUGUCAGCAUGCCCACGGGCAGCGUGACGGCAGGGGCCCCUUGCCCCUACGCGGCCCCUCCCAGCCCCUACGUGUACCGUGAACAGUGCUCCACCAUGACGUCAAGCAUAGCGACGUUGCGUCUCAAGGCGAAGCAGCAUACGGCAGGGGGGUUCGGAUCCUAUGGCCCUAUGUCCCCUAGACAGACGCCAACGCUUUCCCCUUGUCAAUAUGCCACUGUGGACAGAACCACCGUCUAA